ACAACAGUUGGAAAUGCACCGCUUAUUUAUUGGCGUAACUUUACUACCAUUAGCUUGAUGAAUCCAGAGACCUGAGCUUCCGGCAUUGAUGGCGCCUUCAAACGUUGGCUGCUCGCUGCGGGCAGCGGCGGAAUUUGCUGCUCUGGUGGCGUCGGCACAGGGGUGGCUAGCACGGCGAGCCACGGCAACGGGGGUGGGGGCCUUUCGGCAGGGCGGGUCGGGGGUCGCGGGGUUGCCGGACGCCCCGUGUUCAAGCGGCCAGCACGGGCCACCAUCGCACCCGCCUGCCUCCGAUGAGCUGCACACGGCCUGGGCACUGCACGCGCCCCACGCUCCCGCAUCAUGGCUGCGGGUCUCACAUCCCACCGGGCACAGCCCACAGCCGCCGCAUGCCGAGUUGGGGCUCCCGCCGCCCUGGCAUCCUGCUGCUGCCGGCACUGGCGGCGCAACCGCGCCAGCGCAUCCGCGGCACGCCGCACGCCACCCUCCAACUGUAGACGCACCGGCAGCACAUCGCGAGCCUCACGGCGCCGGCGGCCCCUCAAGAGGUGAUGUCCUUGCUACGUCGCCCGGCGUCAUGCAGUCGGGUACAGGCCUGGGUCCCGGCUGUGGCAACAGCACCAGUCCGGAGGCCGCCGGUGCCGCGCGCAGCCAUCUAGCCAGCCUCCUCCUUGCGAUGUCUGCAAGGCCUCGCUCCUCGCUCCACAACAGCAACUUGACUAACCGGCUGUAUGCCACGGCGCCUGCCGACUGGGUCAGCGGCGGGACCAGGGGCCCUGCAGGCGCACCAGCGCGCACACCCCCGGGAUGCUGGGCCCGCGUCUGGUCGCGGCGGCACUACGCAGCGGCCUCCACGGCGGCUGCACAUGCACUGAACGCAGUUCCGGAUCCAGAUCCGGAAGCGGCGCGGCCGCCGCCCGGCGGGGAAGGGCAAGGCGACGGUGGCGGCGGCGCUGGCGGCGGCACUACUAAUGGGGCGGCGUUGUCUGCGGCGGAGGCGGAGGGGCAGGGGCGGGUGGCAGCAGCUGGCGGCCCCGCGGCUCCGGGGCUGGGGUUCGUGUCGGGUGGGUACGACGUGUCUCAGUUCCCGCCGGAGCGCAUCCGCAACUUCUCCAUCAUUGCGCACGUUGACCACGGCAAGUCCACGCUGGCUGACCGGCUGAUGGAGGCCACGGGCGCUCUGGGCGGCCGCGCCACCCACAGCGCCCAGUACCUGGACAAGCUGCAGGUGGAGCGGGAGCGCGGCAUCACGGUGAAGGCGCAGACUGUGUCGCUGGUGUACCGCUACCCGCCCGGCCCCGGCGGACAGCCCUACCUGCUGAACCUCAUUGACACGCCGGGCCACGUGGACUUCUCCUACGAGGUGUCCCGCUCCCUGGCCGCCUGCCAGGGCGCCCUGCUGGUGGUGGACGCGGGCCAGGGCAUCCAGGCGCAGACCGUGGCCAACUUCUACCUGGCCUUCGAGCAGGGUCUGGACCUGGUGCCUGUGGUGAACAAGAUCGACCUGCCCGCCGCCGACCCGCGCGGCUGCACAGCCCAGAUGGCGGCGGCCUUCGACAUGGACCCGGCGGCGGUGCUGCUGACCAGCGCCAAGACCGGGGUGGGCCUGGAGGCGGUGCUGCCCGCAGUCAUACAGCGCGUGCGGCCCCCCGGCGGCAACCCCGAUGCGCCUCUGCGUAUGCUGCUGUUCGACGCGUUCCACGACCAGCAUCGCGGCGUGGUGGUGCUGGUGGAGGUGGUGGACGGCGCGGUGGCGGUGGGCGACAAGGUGGCCAUGGCCAGCACGGGGGCGGUGUACGAGGUGCAGGAGUGCGGCCUGCAGGCGCCGGAGCGGCACCCCACAGGCAGGCUGCUCACAGGGCAGGUGGGCUACAUGAUGUGCGGCAUCAAGGACCUCAAGGCGGCGCGGGUGGGCGACACCCUGUACGCCGCCCGGCCUGGGGUCCCGCAGCCGCCCAGCCUGCCCGGCUUCAAACCAGCCAAGGCAAUGGUGUUUGCGGGCCUGUUCCCACUGGGUGGCGACGGACAGGAGUUCGACGCACUGGCAGCGGCCAUGGACAAACUGCUGCUGAACGACGCCAGUGUGGUGGUGCGGCGCGAGAACAGCGACGCGCUGGGCCCCGGCUUCCGCUGCGGCUUCCUGGGCAUGUUGCACAUGGAGAUCUUCACGCAGCGCCUGGAGCAGGAGUUCGGCGCGGCGGUGGUGACCACCACGCCCAUGGUGCCCUACAGCCUGCAGAUGCCGGACGGGUCGGAGGUGACGCUGGAGAGCGCAGCCGACUUCCCGCUGGACAAGAAGAUCUCCGCCAUCCUGGAGCCCACCGUCACCGCUACGCUCAUCACGCCCGACGCCUCCGUGGGCCGCCUCAUGGAGCUGUGCGCGGCGCGGCGCGGCGAGCCGCUGGAGCACAGCAGCCUGGGCGGCGGCCGCACGUUGCUGCGCUACCGCCUGCCGCUGGCGGAGCUGGCAGGCGACUUCUACAGCGCAGUCAAGAGCCGCUCGCAGGGCUACGCCUCGUUCGACUACGAGGAGGGCCCCUACCGCCCCGCCGACCUGGUGCGGCUGGACGUGCUGGCCCACGGCCGCCCCGUGGACGCCCUGGCUCGCAUGGUGGCACGUGACGAGGCCGCCACGCUGGGCCGCGCGCUGUUGGGCAAGAUGAAGGACCUGCUGGACCGACAGCAGUUUGAGGUGGUGCUGCAGGCCGCCGCCAACGGCAAGAUCGUGGCUCGUGAGACGCUCAAGGCGCUGCGCAAGAAUGUGACGGCAAAGUGCUACGGUGGCGACGUGAGCCGCAAGCGUAAGCUGCUGGACAAGCAGAAGGAGGGCAAGCGGCGCAUGAAGCGGCUGGGCAGCAUUGACGUGCCGCAAGAGCUGUUCCCCGAGCUCAUGAAGACCAGGUAGCGGCGUGGAGGGUGCGGAGGGGAGGGUGAGGGUAUGGGGGGGAGGGAGUGGGCGUGGGUGGGGUGGUGGGGUGUGGAAGGGUUCGGUGCUUGGAGGAGGGAGGGUGCGGAUGACGGAGGCAGCGGGGGCGUGCCGGUGGUGUGGCGGAACUUGGGGAAGGCAAGCAGCUCUGGUCAGGUAGCUCGUAGGAGCUGAGCGAGAUGUGAAAUUAGUAUAUUAGCUGCUGGAUGCUGUGCAGGGCUGAGCCGCUGAGGCUGUGAGCAGUUGUGGCAGAUGGAAGCGAGCCGUAUUAAGCCGAUUAAGCCGCAGCAGUGUUUGGGGCUUGUCCUGCUCCGUGCGAGAGCGAGGCUGGGGGUCUGCCGAGGUUAACUGCAACACUGGCGCAGCACCCAAGGACAGAAGGGUCCGGUUUCAUCAAUGUUCUCCCGACCAUAGCUCCCAUUGGAUGCUACUGGGUCCGCAAUGUUCGAAUUGCAAUCGCACGCUUGGUAUGCGUCCCAGUCCCUCAACAAUCUG